CUCCUCCUACGGCACCUUCGCGGGCGAGUUCUACGACCUGCGCUACCUGUCCGAGGAGGGUUACCCUUUCCCUACUGCUCCUCCUGUGGAUCCAUUUGCCAAAAUCAAAGUGGAUGACUGUGGAAAAACUAAGGGAUGCUUUAGAUACGGCAAACCGGGCUGUAAUGCGGAGACCUGUGACUACUUCCUCAGCUACCGGAUGAUAGGGGCUGAUGUGGAAUUUGAGCUGAGCGCAGACACGGAUGGCUGGGUGGCAGUUGGCUUCUCUUCAGACAAGAAAAUGGGUGGUGACGAUGUCAUGGCCUGUGUCCAUGACGACAACGGCAGGGUCCGCAUACAGCACUUCUAUAACGUAGGCCAGUGGGCAAAGGAGAUCCAGAGAAAUCCUGCCAGAGAUGAAGAAGGAGUUUUUGAGAACAAUCGGGUCACAUGCAGAUUUAAACGCCCUGUGAACGUGCCCAGAGAUGAAACGAUUGUUGAUCUGCAUUUGAGUUGGUAUUAUCUGUUUGCUUGGGGUCCAGCCAUCCAGGGCUCUAUCACCCGACAUGAUAUAGACUCACCACCGACUUCAGAGCGUGUUGUCAGUAUUUACAAGUAUGAAGACAUUUUUAUGCCAUCAGCUGCCUAUCAGACCUUCUCCUCUCCGUUCUGUCUGCUUCUCAUUGUUGCUCUGACCUUCUACUUACUGAUGGGAACUCCUUAACCACAGCUGCAAAGCCAACAGAGGCAAUGCACUAGGAAGUCUUUAGUGUAUUUUUUAAAAACAUGCAGUAUAAUUUUGGCUUCUGUUACAUUUAAAAAAAAGACUCCUAAUUUCAGCUUUUUGGGAGAAAGAGCAAGCUUAUUUUCUAAUUGAAGAGGAUUGUUUAAUAAUGACCCUUUUGGAAAGUACUUAAAGCUUUUCUAAGCACUUUAAAAUAUGGUUUUCUUAUUUGAGCUUCACAACAUCAGUGAAUUGGCUUGGUGAAAAUAUUAUUGCCGUUUUACUGAAUGGGAUUUGAGACCCAGGAGGGCCCCUUUUAGUGACUUUCAUUACAUGUAGUCUUGGCUACUUGGUCAGAUAACACAUAGCAAGGUAGAGAAAGCUAGGCAUAGACAUCAUGUGUCUAAACAGCCUUUACUCUUCUAACUACAGCUCAAGAGAGUUACUUGGAGUAAUGCUAAGGAGAGGUUGACUGGAUGGCCCAAGUUCACAGUCAGCCUUUCAAGCAGAAGAACUUUUCAAAUUUCUUUAAAGCGUGAAGGGUUUUGGAUAUUUACACAGCUAAUGAGAAGAAUGAUGAUGAGAUGACAAUGAUACAAAAAUGGUUCAUAUUUAUUUGAAAUGUCUUCUUGAUUAGUAAGUAGCUAAGAGAGAACAUUUUUUAUUGCUGUUUGGAAACGUUAGAAACGGAACUGUGAAUGUUCCCGAAGACAUAAAAUCAUAUUAAUGGUAAAAAAUAUGGGCAUUCUUAGCAGUUAGAAUUUGGACUCUUCUACCACUGUAUUUAAUAAAUUAAGGUAUUCAUUUGUGGUUAGAGCUAAUUCUGUUGUCAGAGUCAACAUAUACUGAGUAUGAUUAAGUAUGUAUUACAAUAGACUAAUAAAAUUCAAGACAUUUUGAUAAUAGAUCAACAUUUUUGGAGACUGGAAAUUUGGAGUAGAAACGUCUUCAAGAUGACAUGGCUUUUUUUUUUUUUUUUUUUUUUUUUUUUUAGAAAUUAGAAAAUAGGAAAUGACCCAUCAAGUGAAUUUACCUAGAGUGUCCAUUCACACAUUCAGACUUAUAAAUUGGACUGACAGCAAAAUUUAUAAUAAUGUCAUAAUGCAUUUCCUUUUUUUCGAAGGAACCCAAAUGGUCCUUUGUUUCAACUGUCUUAGUUAACAGCCCACUUAGAGGAGGAGUCUCUGGGCGGACUUACACGGCUGAGGCAUUUCCAUGGUAGAGUUCUGGAGUCUUCAGGCUUGACGCUGUUGCUCUAAAGCCGGCUCCAACUUUGUGGUUCUUGUGAUUAAACAACACUGGGGACUGUGAUUUCUAAUGCCAUCGUUGGAAUCCGUGUCAGAGGCGAAAGGCCACCCGCGGGGAGAGCUUUCAAAUUUUUCUGGAACUGAACAAAAACAAGGAAAGUGUCAAGAUUCUGUGACCUUGCACAGGUUACCAUGUGCAUCUGAGGGAUGUAGGAGAAACAACCCUCACUGCAGAUGGAGAGAGGUUAAAUGACAUCAAGUGAGUGAUGCAAUGGUUAGAACUCGAACUCAGGUCAUCUGAGUCAAGUUCCUGGCUCUACCUGACUGCCAACACCUCAUAACCAAGCCCUCCAGCCGUGGCUGAGGAUGGCCCGCGCAUCACCUUCUAAGCUGUAGUGAUUGUUUAGUAGUGAAGACACCGAGUAUACAGGCAUCCACGUUGUAAAUAAGAAAGCAAAUAUUUUUAUAUUUCACUCUUUUAUGUGUAUGAUAUUUCAGCUAUAAAUAGGUUUAAAACUAAAGCAAGACGAGCUAGGCUCUGUAGCAGACAGGAAAGAAAUAGAUGAAGGGAUUUUCCUUCUGCUUACAUUUCAAGUCAAGCUGAUUGUUUCAUGAAUUGUUUCUACUUGGAUUAGCAGUUUUGCAUAUUAGUGCUUAGAAAUUUCAAUGACUUCUCGUUUCCAUUGAUGUAAAAGGCAAACGCUUUGAUUACCUCCACUGUCAUCUCUCCUCCUUUGCUAUGUCCCUGCAAGAUUGAAUUGCUCUCAGGUCUUCAGGUCUGCUUUCUCACCUCUCAGGACGGCCCCUUGCCCAAACAUUCUCCACUAGCUGUGCUUGCUGAACUCCUGUGCAUUUUCCAGGUCAUAGCAUAAAUAUUUCUUCCCCUGAUCCCCUGGACUAAGUGGGUUUAGGUUCCUGCCAAGUGCUCCCAUAGCAUACUGGGCUUCCCAGUAUCCUGGCAUUCUAUUAUUCAUCACAUUUUCCUGUAAUGGCUGGCUCGUCCUCCCUGCUAACCCCCUAAUGCAGGGACCAUUUCUUGUUACUCACUGUAACAGAUGCCACUACAUAGUAGAUACUCCGCAAACAUUUGUUGAAUGAAUACAUAAAUGAAACUAUACUUCUAUGGCAAGUUUGUUUGGCUCAGAAAGCUCGUAUUUCAUAUACAUUGCCAGACUGGCCAACAUUUUUAUAUUUUUCUACCUGUGAUCAGACCAUAAAUCAUUCCUUUAGCAAACACUGAACUUCUGUCUUUUGAAACGUAAAUCGAAAGAUCUUUAGUAACAAUGCUGUUUUGCCCUGUAAAACACGGUUGACAUUUUUAAUAAUAAUUAUUGUUCAGAAAUGAGAAUUCAAAGACCAGGAUGUAGACAAGCAUUUAACCAGUGUCUCAGAGGAUCAUCAAUUUGUAGACAUACUGAAGUUAAAACUCUGUAGACUCCAAUUUCAUUCAAUCUCUCCUAAUAUAGGAGAAUCAACUUCUAUUUAGUCUCUGUAUUCCAUUUUCUAACAUAGUACUUGUUACAGGGGAGAUACUCAACCAGUGUUUUUUUUUUAAUGCCUAAGUAGAAUAAUAAUGCUAGCUAAAUGUAUUUAGUGCUGUUCUAAGCAUUUUAUGUGGAUUAACUCAUUUAAUCCUUAUAACAACCAUAGGAAGUACAUUGUAUUAUUAGUCCAAUUUUACAGGUGGAAAAACUGAGGCUAAGCAUUUGGCAUAAAUUGCCAGUGCUGGCAAGGACUUUAGACACCACUUUAUCCAAUGUACUUAUUUUAAAAAGGGGCAGUUGAGACCUAGGGAGGUGAUGUGAUUUCCAUCAUGCACAUUCAUUAAAACUUUUAUUAAAUGGAACCCACUAUCCACACUUAAAUCAGCCAAGUGCUCCCCUACCCCUUUUAGCAAUUUACAAUGAAUAGGAGGACUUUUUAUAGAUAUAUUUGGGAAAAGGAAUGCGUUUUACUUUCUCUCAGCCUUUUCUCUUCUUAAAAACAUUUUGAUUAUUUUACCAGUCAUUUUAGUGCUUUAAUUUUUUUUUAAAGUAAUACACAGGUUGGACAAGACUAAAGUGUAUUUGUCUUGGUUAACUUUUAAAAGUGACUUACCUAAAAC